UUGCCUGCUUAGAAGCCGCCGUCGACCCCACGAUCAUCAUCGUCUUUGCUGCCUUGCCUGCUUGCUCCACCUCGUCCUGCUCCCCGCUGCUCCUCACACUGCUCCAAUAUCUGCUCUGCCCCCUUCUCUGCUCAUCAUGCUCAUUCACACCACACCACGCAAGGCAGGAGCUGCUGCUCUUGCCCCUGCUACCACCACGCUCAGUCCUCCCAAUUCUCGGCCGACCACGCCUCGUCCUCCCUCGGGCUCAGCGACGCCCAAGGCAUCCAGGUCGAAUCGCAUCUCUGCACGCUCGAUCACGGCGGAGCAUCCCUCUCUCAAGCCAUCGCUGCAUCUCGUCACAUCACCCACGCAGCUUCCCCUCUCGCCGCCACCAUCAGCCACCUCCUCUCCCACCAAGUCGCGCAGCCUCUCUACGCCCAAGUCGCUGCCCUCCCUCAGCGGCAGCAGAAGACCAUCCAUCGAUACCGCCGCCACUCCGACGCCCGGCAAUGCGACACCACGUCGUCCCUCGGUCGAGUUCGCCGCCUCCUUCCCUCCCGCACGUCAUCGACGUCGCCCCUCCUCGUCAUGGGGAUGCGCCCAUGCUCACGAAUUCGACGAGGCGCUGGCCAAGCAUGACGAGCGAGUGAAGGAAGGUCGCGCUACUAUGGCGGGAAGACAACAAUGGGCGGACACAGUCUUCGUCAAGCUCGCAGAGAGGGCUGCCAGUCCCAGCUUCAGUGACUUUGGACGCAAGCGCGAACGAAGCUCAAGCAUGGUCGGCCACCAGAAGGGAUCACACUCUAUAUCUACCACCUCGUCCUCCCUGCCUUCCCCGCGCAGCACACGUCGUCGUACAGCUUCUUCUGCCGGGCACUCAACUCCAUCGCCUACCACGCCUAUCGUGCCCAAGCUACCGAGUUGGGUAAAGCGUGAUGCAGGAAGCAGAGGAUCACUGCAUGGCAGCGGCGCGAGCGGCGCCAGCUCCACCAGCAACCGUACCUCACACGACGUCCCGCCCACGACGAAAGCAGCGGAGAGGCCGACGCUGAGACAUCAACCCCACUCGUUUGAUGUGAAUCUGACGCCCAAGGCUAAGCCCACCAGCCAGCAGCGCGUACCUCUACCUACUCCACCGCCAAUGCUACUGUCUGCACCACCCGCAGCAGCUUCAAUGCCCAACACUGAGCCUCUGGGCAAGUCAUCGAGCAGCAAUGUACCAAACAUGCUGCGUCGCUUUCGCAGGGUAUCCAGCACGGAGCGCGGAAGAAGGAGCGAGGUGGAUGUCCAGCCGACAGUAAAGAGUCCAAUGUUGCCCGAGAUGCCUUUACGCUCUGCGCCCGCCGUGUCUUCGUCGUCGUGAGUGUGGCGCGUACACUCUGUCACUCUCUUUCACCGUCACAUUUUCGAUCACGUCUGUCAUUCGUCUUCCCUUCAUACCAUCACUCUUGAUGCAAGUCCUUUUGCUCAUUCACAAUCUGUGCCAUCACCAUCAUCAUUCAUCAUCAUCAUCAUCCGCUCGUCCGCUCAUCGUACUGAUUUCCCCUCACGCCCACUAUGUACGCGUUGUUAUGCAGCCCCGCGACACCUCCAGAGCCUCCUCUACCUGCGCAUGGCCCCCCUUGCUACCUCUUCUCCCCGAAAGGGCGUACAGGAGCAUCGAAGUCCACCUCGUUGUCCACGCCCA